AUGUCUGUCGUCAUUACGCCGUACCUUCCCUCCAAGAGAGUGGCUAUUGGUCAGGGCCAGACCUGGAACGUCGAAAUAAGGAACAACUCCGACGCCCAGCUUCCCGGCUCGCGACUCCACAUCUUGUGCGACAGCUACAAUAGCGCCUCGAGCUGCGUCGUGCCUGCCAUCGCGCCCUGGGGAACCGUAAAGGUCACCAUCACCGCCCACAUCGACUCCCACAAGAGUAUCGAAGACAUGACGGGCUGCGUCACCUGGAAGUACAAUGAUGUCACCAGGCAGACGACAGACAGAAUGGAGCGCUACAUGGGCAAGCUCAAGGCCUUCGUUCCGCCCACUGGUGCGGUGGCCAAGUACAAGGUCUGCCUGUUCGGCCUCGCGGGGGCGGGCAAGAGCGCGUUCGUCAACGCGGUGCUCACCCUGGCAUCGUCCGGCAUGAGCGUAGUCGAAACGGCCGGCGUGGGCGGGUGCGCCCGGCACAACACUCGGCAGCUGGCCACCUACACCAUCGACGGCGAAAACUUCGCACUGGUGGACACCUGGGGCCUCACCCUCACCACCUACCUCAACGACGACCUGGAGAACGUGGUCGAUGGCGUCUUCCCGCGCAACUGGGGCAUGGACAUGAUCUACGACCAGCACGCCAAGGCCAUCCGGGACAACGCCAGCACCAGGCCCGAGCGCGCCGUGCACGUCAUCCUCUUCAUGAUCACCCACAGCGCGCUCGACAAGAACGACGAGUGCGAGCUCAUCAAGGCCAACUACGCCCGGCUGCAGGACAAGGCCGCGCGCAACCCGCUCGUGCUCAUCAGCAAGGUCGACGAGAUCGUGCCGGCCUUCCGCUCCAACCCGCUGGGCGACUACCCCGAGGUGCGCGCCCUCAAGCAGAAGGUGACGGACCUGCUGGGCAUCCCUGAGAACCGCGUCUACGCCGUGGUCAACUACAAGGACGAGUCCGAGCGGUCGUUCCAGAUCGACCGCAACACGUACCGCAUCGUCGAGCACGCCCUCCGCACCGCCUCCGAGAACCUGCGCCGCGUCGCCGAAGAGCCGCCCACCACCUUCGAGUGGUGA